UGCGCUCCUGGAGGAGCGGGACCGGCCGGCGGGUGCUCGCGAGGUUACUUCAUGGAAUGAGCACCUAGUAGAACAAGAAAGGAUCAAAGCUCUAUCGAAAAACAAAUCAUGUGGUCUUCAGAAAUGAGGAGAAAUGCAGCCAUCUGAAAUGGUCAUGAACCCCAAACAAGUCUUCCUCUCGGUGCUGAUAUUUGGGGUAGCGGGGCUACUCCUGUUCAUGUAUUUGCAAGUCUGGAUUGAAGAGCAACAUACAGGGAGAGUGGAGAAGAAAAGAGAACAAAAAGCAACCUCAGGAUGGGAGCCAGUAAAUUACCUGCAACCUAUACCCAGAAUCAUGACUAGAGAACAAAUCCGGGGACAUAUCACCAACCAGAACCUCAAGUUCCACAUCACUGAGGAUCCCAAGGGAAAAAAGGAAAAUCUUCUGCUCAACUCUGAGAGGCCAAUGAGGGUCUUAACAAAGACCAGCCACUCACAAGGAGAGGAUCGAGUUUUGGGGAAGACCACAGGACCACCAACAAUUAAGCUGAUUGCAAAACAUCAAGGAACUAGGACUGUUUUCAAGAAGUUCAGUGAAAUGAAGUGGCCAUUGGACAUACACCCUUUAAAUAAAAGUUUAAUCAAAGACAACAAAUGGAAGGAAACGGAUGUGGCCCAAGAGAAACGCAGGUCUUUCCUUCAGGAGUCUUGCAAAAAAUAUGGCGGGGUGAGUCGUCCUCAAUCACAUCUUUUUCAUAUGGUAUCCAGGAUCUAUGUGGAAGAUAAACACAAAAUCUUAUAUUGUGAAGUACCCAAGGCUGGCUGCUCCAACUGGAAGAGAAUUCUGAUGGUGCUAAGUGGGUUGGCUUCCUCUGCGUACAACAUCUCCCAUGAUGCUGUUCACUACGGGAAGCAUUUGAAAAAACUAGAUAGCUUUGACUUAAAAGGGAUAUAUACUCGUUUGAAUACCUACACCAAAGCUGUUUUUGUUCGUGAUCCCAUGGAAAGAUUAGUGUCAGCAUUUAGGGACAAAUUUGAACACCCCAAUAGCUAUUACCAUCCAGUAUUUGGGAAGGCAAUUAUAAAGAAAUAUCGGCCAAAUGCCUGUGAAGAAGCAUUAAAUAAUGGAUCUGGGGUCAAAUUCAAAGAGUUCGUCCACUAUUUGCUGGAUUCCCACCGUCCAGUAGGAAUGGACAUUCACUGGGAAAAGGUCAGCAAACUCUGCUAUCCGUGUUUAAUCAACUAUGAUUUUGUAGGGAAAUUCGAAACUUUGGAAGAAGAUGCCAAUUACUUUUUGCAGCUGAUUGGUGCUCCAAAAGAGCUGAAAUUUCCAAACUUUAAGGAUAGGCACUCUUCUGAUGAAAGAACCAAUGCUCAGGUCGUGAGACAAUAUUUAAAGGAUCUGACUCGAACUGAGAGACAAUUAAUCUAUGACUUUUAUGACUUGGACUAUUUGAUGUUUAAUUAUACAACUCCAUUUUUGUAGUUUGCAUUAAUCUUCUGAAACCCUGUAGUUACUUCAUGAUGAUGGCCUCAAAUCAGCUAACUGUAAUUUUCCUGCAGUUCUCUGUAUGAGAGAGAAUUUAACCAAGUGUAGUUGUCUUGAUUUAAUGAAGAUUUUUACCAAAUAGUAUGACACCAAUUGGCACAAAGUUAUAGGAAAAUUACCUUACAGAGACAUGUAAACAAGUUGAGUUGCUCUAGAAUGUUUGGAAAAUAGCUGCUUUUGCAUUAUGGAUUAUAUUAUAGAAGCAAUAACCUAGCCAGCUGCUACAUUAGCUUCAACAGCCUCUUGCAGUGAUAGAAAAAGGGAUCUAAAAUAGCAUGAGUAUAUGUCUACAUCCUGGAAUUUGUUGUCUAAAGUGCAUGGAUAUAUUUUUGGCAGUCUGUGACAUAUUACUCGAACCUUGGAGAGUUUUCUUACACCCUGGAAAUCUUUCUAUCAACUGCAAUGAUAAAUCCAUUUUGAAAUAAUAUUUUGGACCUAGGCAUUUAAGUUUAGAUUGGAAGGCAUUAUGUGAUUUACAAUAUGAGAAUAUAGCAGAAAAACCAGAUGAGGCUAUGGCUUUUUAUAUUCAACAGCCAAUAAAAAAUGCACAACAUGCUAAGAUCAAAGCAACAAAAACAACCUUCCUCUUCCAGAAAAAGUUAGGGGAAUUGAUUCUGUUUUCUUCUGAGCCCUCUGUGCAGAGACAAAAUGAACAUAACCACUAAAGGUCCUCGCUUCUGAAGCAGGCAGUUGAGAAGUUUAAGUCUCAUCAGAUAUAAAUGUGCUCCUAAUUUCUGGUUUAAUUGGGCAGGGGGGAAAUUGUUUCGGGAUGGAAUAAUCAUCAAAAACAAAAGUUGCCACUCUGAAUAUGGGCCUCAAACAAUAACAAAGUUUUAUAAGAGUAUUAUUUGAAUCAAAGCAUCGUGUGCAUAGCUUUAUAUGUGGAAUGUACUCUAAGAAUAACUUUUGUUUCCAGUCUAAUUACUUAGCUUAGGAAUGACUUUUUAAAAACGCCUAUACCACUUCAAAGAUAGGUUAUAUUCUAAAGAAUAAACAAAACAAGAGCCCCUAGAAACAUUUUUAAUAGGCUUAUGCAUAAAUAAAUUCAGGAGUUUUCUUUUUAAGUUCAAAUAUUCUAUCCUAACACAGUCAAAUACCAUUGCAUUCAAAUAUUAAAUCCAAGUUUUGGGAAAACAGGACCACGUGUCACUCCUAUCGAAGUUGUAAUGCAUUUUGGAAAUUUUUUCCAGCGGACCCUAAAUUUGAAGACACGUUUGGAUGGGAACUUAUUUUAAUU